UACUCAUUGCCCAGGUCUCUCUCUCUUUCUCUCUUCUUCAAAUUCUGUAUGUUAGAGUCGUUAGACCCCCCUCUCUCACUUUUGAACGGGACCGUUCUAAAGCUUCGUUACUGGUUACCUUACCGAGUGGACUGGAUUUUUUCUUGCUUUCAUACCAAAUUCUCAGCACACCUAAGCUGUUUAUUCAACCACUGCACUAUUUUCCUAUAUUAAUGCUGUCUUGAGGUGAAGAUUUCAUUAGGCCCUCUUCAAUCUCGUCAUAAUUUUUCCAAUGGCACUUAUUUCAAGCAAGGUCUCUAGCAACUCUGCAUCAACUAAGAUUGCAACUCUUCCUAAAUCACAUGGAAUUCUAAAAUCAUUUUCUAAAUCAAUGCAACAAAGUAGAUUACAAUUUACAAGUCAAUCAGGUGAACCAACACAACUAGGCCACCAAUGUCUCUCGACAAAAAUAUUAUGUUUUCCCAAUGGUGCUUUGGGGCACAGAAAUGGAAAACCAUUGAGUUUCACUGUUUCGAAAAGGCCCUCCAUGUUAUGCAGGUCAAGAGGCACUCAAAACUCUAGAAGAAAAGGAGGUCUUCGAACUUGUGAUGAUCAUGAAAUAAAUAGUGAACAAAUUGAAGAUGAUCAAGCAGCUUUACCUGCGAGAAGUAGACACUCCACAAAGGGCUUAGCUGAAGCUUGUAAAUUUGUAUACAAUGACGCCAAGUUUGUCAAUGAAAGGGCUCGCAAUGACAUCAUCUUGCUUUCACGUGGCAUAAUGAGAUUGGAUGCCCGUGCACGACAAGGCGUUGCUAUUCUUGGGUCUGAGUUUCUUAAGCUUGAUGCUCGAGCAAGAGAGGACACUGAAAAACUUGACCGUAAUGUGAAGAAGAAAGCAGAACGCCUUCAUCAUAUUGCUACAAUCUUGAAGGACAAAGCAGAGUCAAGAUUGAAAACUGCAGCUGAUAAACAUUGGAGUGAUGGAGCCUUAGAGGCUGAUUUGCGGCUCGCUGAUUUCCGUGCUAAGCAGCGUGCAAUGGAAGAUGCUCUAAUGGCUUUGGAGCUUGUCAAAAAUGUCCAUGAUAUGAUGGUUAACCAAAUGUAUAAAUUUCCUCUUGGUAGGGAAAGUGGAUCUCUUUCAGCAACUGACAUGAUGAAUCGUAUAAUGCUUGAAAAGAACGGUAAAACCAGUGAGUACUUCCCUGGAGAAGUAUCUACUGAUCGGAUAACUGCAAUUCAGGAAGCUUAUUGGAGUAUGGCAUCUGCUCUUUCUGAAGCUGAUGGAAUUGAUUACACUGAUCCUGAAGAGCUCGAGUUGUUGAUCACAACUCUCAUAGAUCUAGAUGCAAUGGAUGGAAAAAGUAGUGUUUCAUUAUUGGCAGAAUGCUCAAGCUCUCCUGAUGUCAAUACUAGGAAAGCAUUGGCUAAUGCAUUGUCUGUAGCUCCAUCCAUGUGGACUCUUGGUAAUGCAGGCAUGGGAGCAUUACAGAGACUCGCUGAAGAUAGCAACCCGGCAAUAGCUGCUGCUGCAUCCAAGGCUAUCUAUGAGCUGAAGAAACAGUGGGAAAUAGAGGAAGGUGACAGCUGGAGGUUUAUGGUGAACCAAAACAUUAUGAAACAAGGAAGUGAAGAAGCUGACAAUGAUACAGAUAUAAUUUGAGAAAGUGUUCAGAAAUUUCUGCUGUAAAUAUCCAAGUGAAGCUCUAAUUAAUCAUAGGAGAAGUCCACUAAUCAAAAAAAUAAAAAUAAAUAAGUAGUGCUGUGCUGAUAUAUGAAGAAAGUGCUGUCAUGUGUUUCAAAAGUUCUUUCUUUUGAUUAUUUUAUUCCCUAAACUUUACACAACUGGACAACUUUUUUUCCCUUGGUUACUUACCAAGAAACUUGGGCUUCAUAUAUAAAGCGCACCUUAUUUAUAUAAUAGAAAUGAUUAUUUAUUUA